UCAAAAUGCAGUUUGACUAUUUGGACAAGGUACACAAGCAUUCGCUCGUACAGCCUAUCCGAUCAAUUCCGAAUCAUGUUUUCUUGAAUCAACAUUCCCGUCGGGUCGAACACGUGAAUUAACGGAUGAAGAUUAUACAUUAUCACAUGGACCAUUCACCAAAGUUCAUGAUUUUUUCGGCGAUAAAACUCUAUUGUUAAUCGACGCUCCUGGUCAUAUGCCCGGACAUCAAAUGGCAUUGGCAAAAACUGGUGAGAGUAGAUAG